GUGGAUGUCAAUGCCCGUUUGCACCAUAGAGUAGAAUGUUUGUACUUUGUGCUGACAAAACAAAAUCAAUAACUAAAAAUUGAUAAAAAAUAAAACUAAAAGCAAUCUCAUCCAAGAGUUAUAUAUUGAUAUUAUAACUUCAAUAUGUCUGGACGAGGUAAAUAUCGCGGAAGCCGGCCUCGAAACAACUAUCAAAAUUUUCCCUCGGUGGCGAAGGAAGGUACAGCGUCAUUGGCCGCAGAUAGUCCUGUGCUGGCAAUGUUCAAGAAUGCUGCAUUAAAGCUCAGCGAACGCCAGGACCGACAUGAGAGACUCGUGAAGCUGUCCAGAGACACUACUAUUGAGAGCAAACGGGUUAUCUUUCUCUUACACUCUGCAGUCACUAAAGAAGCGACAGGGAAGGCCGUGAUAGAAGCCAAAGAACGUCUUCAAAAACUUGUUGAGGGGCCAAUUAAAAGCAUUGGCCUGGAAUUGGAAAACAGUCCACUGCACUUGCAUGCCAGAGCGGUUACUGCUGGUUUUCAAGAAUUUAUAGAAGCUAAGACAUUCUGUUCUUUAAUGGAGAACAAAACCAUUGUCACAUAUCCUGAAAUACAGAAAGAGUUUCAGUAUGAUGUUAAAGAAGAAGAUGGUGAAAAUACAAGAAAAGUGGUAACAUUUCUACCACACAUGGACUAUAUGCUUGGCUUGGCUGAUCUAACUGGAGAGUUGAUGAGAAGAGCUAUAAACAGUAUUGCGAGUGGCAAUAGACAAGAGAGUUACCAUGCCUGUCAAGUUGUGAGGCACUUAUACAGUGGAUCUUUAGGGUUGUACGGCAUAGGCAAGGAGCUGUCGCGCAAGACGACGGUGAUGCGCACCAACGUGUCCAAGGUGGAGGGGGCGAUCUACGCGAUGCACGUGCGCGGCCGCGAGGCACCGUCGACGCUGGACACCGCCGCGGCGACCUGGGACGCGCACGACCACCACUCCGACGACGAGGGCUUCUUUUAACGCUUGUACAAUAAAUGCUUUUAUCUAAU